AUGAUGAAGCUGUGGGAAAUGACAGUCAUGGAGGCUGGGAUGCCAGUUGAGAGGGAGAAUGUACAGAAGAGGACUUUUACUCGGUGGAUAAAUCUACAUCUGGAAAAGUGUGACCCACCUCUAGAAGUUACAGACCUAUUUGUUGAUAUACAAGAUGGCAAAAUCCUAAUGGCAUUGUUAGAAGUCCUGUCUGGGCAAAAUCUGCUGCACGAGUACAAAUCCUCAUCGCAUCGUAUUUUUCGUUUGAACAACAUAGCGAAAGCGCUGAAGUUUUUGGAAGAUAGCAAUGUGAGGCUGGUCAGCAUUGAUGCAGCGGAGAUCGCCGACGGCAACCCCUCCCUGGUGCUCGGGCUCAUAUGGAACAUCAUCCUCUUCUUCCAGAUCAAGGAGCUCACGGGCAACCUCAGCAGAAGCUCCCCAUCUUCCAGCCUGUCACCCGGCUCGGCGGGCACAGAUUCAGACUCCUCCUAUCCACCCACCCCCACCACCGAGAGGAAUGCGGCACUAUCGGUGAAAGAUCAGAGGAAGGCCAUCAAGACCCUGCUGGCAUGGGUGCAGAGGAAGACCAGGAAGUACGGCGUGGCGGUGCAGGACUUUGCUGGUAGCUGGAGAAGCGGGCUGGCUUUCCUAGCUGUGAUCAAGGCCAUCGACCCCAGCCUGGUGGACAUGAAGCAGGCCCUGGAGGAUCCCAUGCGGGAAAAUCUUGAGAAGGCAUUCAGCAUCGCCCAUGAUGCCCUGCACAUCCCCAGGCUCCUGGAGCCGGAAGACGUCAUGGUCGACACGCCGGACGAGCAGUCUGUGGUGACUUAUGUGGCCCAGUUCCUAGAGCGCUUUCCGGAGCUGGAACCCGAAGAUUUUGUGGAUCCCGAUAGAGAAGCUCCCAUUGAGUCCACCUUUGUCCGCAUCAAAGAGACCCCUUCUGAACAGGAGAGCAGAAUCCUCCUCCUGCCUGAGAAUGGCGAGCGUGCGUGCACCGUCAACCACGAGUCUAGCCACCCACCACCUGCUAAAGUGUUUGUCUGCGAGCAGCCUGAGAGUGGGAAGGGCUUCAGCCUGGGCACCGUGUCCCACCCGGCCCAUGCCGACAGCAACAACGAGUUCAUGCACCAGAUCAUUGACCAAGUCCUCCAGGAUGUCCCGGGGCGGGUAGAUCCCAUCAACGAGCCAGCGCCAGAUUCCUCCAUCCUGUCCACCAGGAAGGAGAGCCGGAGAGCCACCUCCUUGCCCAUCAAGAAGAGUGUCCACUUCGAGGCUGACACUUACAAGGACGCGUCCUGCAGCAACUACAACCCAGACCUCCGCUUUGAAGGGAGCCGGAGAGCCACCAAAGAGCUGCUGAAACCAGAUGGGCAUGUCUGCUCCGUUGGGCUGACCCAGGAGAAAAAGCCAGACCCCGAAGCCAGUCCGAUCCUGGAGGCCCCCUGUGACAAAGCCCCCGGGGAUGCGGCCCGGCCAGAUGCCCCGACCCCUCCGGCUUCAGCUCCCCAGGGCUCCCCAUUUUGUAACGGCACCUUAGAAAGCCCACCCAGCUAUGGUGAAGAAACGUCUCAUCCACCCCUUGAUGUGAUCAUGGCCGAGUCGUUAGAGAUCAAGGUGAAGCUGUUGACGGUAGAGGCUAUGAACAAGGACGAUUACUUUGAAGGCAUUCCGUUAAAGGCUUCGAAAUUUAACAGCGACCUGGUGGACUUUGCUUCUACCAGCCAGGCUUUCGGUGAGCUUCCUUCACCCCAGGACAAGACACCUGGCGAGAGAGAGGAGGAAGAGGAGGAGGAAGGGACUGACAGUUAUGCUGAAAAGCUGAGGAAGAGGAGAGCCAAAUCUGCCCGCAUCAAGUUCGAGUCACCAGCACCCCAGGAAGACAGCCAUGAGGGUGAACCCCCCGAGAACCCCGGCCUGGAAGCUCAGGACCACCAUGGCGCAGCUCCAGAUCAGGCCCCCGCAGAUAAAAAGCCAGAGGUGUUUGAAAAGGCCAAGAAGAAGUCCACGCGGCGUGGGAGUGAGGACGACGCGGAAGCCGAAGCCCUUGUGGGAAUCAGCGCAGAAUUGCUUUCCAAUCCCCCGAGUGCCAACAUCAGCCUGGAGACCCUCAGGAGCCACAGCGAAGAAGGCCUGGAUUUCAAGCCCUCCCCACCGCUCUCGAAGAUCUCCGUCAUUCCUCACGAUCUCUUCUAUUACCCGCACUACGAGGUACCCCUCGCGGCUGUGCUGGAAGCAUAUGUGGAAGGUGCGGAGGAGCUGAAGAACGAAGACGAUGUAGAUCUGGAUGAGCCCGAAGGGUUUCUCCAUGGCCUGGACUCCAGGGAGGAGGCCUACAGCUCCCAGAGCAGCUGCAGCUUCUCAUCGCCUGAUGAGGGCCACCCUAGCGCCAGCCGCCUCGCACCCUGCGUCACCGGGGCUGCUACCGGGGCUGCUACCGGGGCCACCACUGGGGCCACCACUGGGGCCACCCCACCCACUCCCCAAGCUCCCCACAAAGAGACCAAAGAGAGUGGCCCUGAGGACAGCCAGCAGACCCAAGACUCCACCAAGUCUGAAAACAUAGCGAACCCAUUAGAAACGAAAGUAGCGGGCGAGUCAACCAGCAGUAAAAAGAAAGAGAAAAGAAAGCAUGUGGACCAUGUAGAAACCUCCUUCUUUGUAGCGCCUGGGACUGUUCGGUCCUCGGAAGACCUCGAAGAUGACUCUGGAGACCACAGAGUCCCUUCCAGGACUAGCCACAGUGAUUCCAGCAUUUACAUUCGGCGGCACAGUAAUAGGUCUUUGGAAACGGACCAUUUUAGCUAUGUCCAAUUGAGGAAUGCAGCAGAUGUGGAUGACAGAAGGAAUCGAAUGUUAAACAGGAAGGCCAACCACUCUGGAGAAGCCAUGCUGCAGGGGAGCCAGAGCCCGCAGAGUGACUCUCUGACCCAGCUUGUCCAGCAGCCAGAUGUGAUGUAUUUCAUUCUCUUCCUCUGGCUCCUGGUUUACUGCCUGCUGCUCUUCCCACAGCUUGAUAUGAACCGGCUCUGAUGUGCGUGUCUGGAGAAUAAAAAGACAGGACCCCAAGCAGGGGUGGGGUCUUUUUUU